AUGGCUAUUGAUCGACUUUCGCUGGUUCGGAGACACAAUCCUACGAGAACUAGUAGCAACCCUAUAUCACCCCUUCAGGUGGGUAAUGGCCAUCUGGCGUUCGGCGCUGAUAUAACUGGGUUGCAAACGUUUGUACCAUUCUCCAUUAUGUCUGAUUGGGGUUAUAAGAGUGACCCACUUCCAUCUGAAAAAUUGUCUGAUUUCACUGGUCAGACAUGGUCUACUCAUGGAAGAGAUGUGAAAUAUCUCAUGCCUAAUGAGCAAAAGGAAUUAUCUCAAUGGUUGAUCUCAAACCCUAACAGGAUGAAUUUGGGCAGAAUUGGUCUUUAUUUUGGAGAAGCCACGGUAUCAGAGUCCGAUUUACGAGAUUGUCAUCAAGAACUUGAUCUCUGGACAGGAUCUGUCAGAAGCAGCUUUGAAUAUAAAGGCGAAAAAGUCCAAAUACAGACAAUUUGCGACCCUGAGAACGAUACAGUGUCUUUUUCUAUCCAAUCUACUUUAAUUGAGAAGAAGAAGCUUUCUAUAUUUCUUGACUUUCCGUAUAAUUGUGGAAAGUCCAAGUUUCAAGCUCCUUAUGUAGGAGACUGGGACAAUCCUUCAGCACAUACUACCAAAGUCUCGGAGUCCAGUGCAUCUAAUGUGAGUUUGGUGAGAGAUAUUGACGGUACGAAAUAUUUUGUCACUGCUAAUUGGAACUCAUCUGGUAAACUGGUUAGAUUAAAGGAUCAUCGGUUUGCUCUGGAGCUGGACGAAGGCUCGUCUGUUCUUGAAGUCGGUGUUACAUUCAGUGAGAGUAAUGCCAAAAAUGAGUGGUCGUUUCAGAGCUCACUCGCAAAAGCAGAGUCACAUUGGGAGUCAUUUUGGAAAGAGGGUGGUGCAAUCGAUUUGUCUCGAUCUAAAGAUCCACGCUGGAAGGAGCUAGAAAGAAGGUUUGUUGUUGGCCAAUACGCAAUGGCUAUAAAUGCUACAGGUAAAGAGCCUCCUCAGGAGAGUGGACUAGUUAAUACAGGAUGGUAUGGCAAAUUUCACACCGAAAUGGUCUGGUGGCACUUGGGGUACCUUGCUCUGUUGAACAAAUGGUCAGUAUUAAGACGUCCAUUAUCCGUAUACGAUAAACUACUGCCUGAGGCACUCAAACUGGCAAGUUCUCAGGGUUACAAAGGAGCCCGUUGGCCAAAGAUGGUAGAUCCUUCAGGAAGGCCAUCUCCUGGCGAAAUUAAUGCUUUGUUGAUAUGGCAGAAUCCCCAUGUGAUGUUAUUCGCCGAACUCGAUUAUAGGGCACAUCCUACAUCAGAAACUUUAGAGAAAUGGAAGAAAGCUGUUUUCGAGACUGCAGAGUUCUUAGAAGAUUAUGCCCACUGGAACCCAGAGACCCAAACCUAUGACCUAGGUUCUCCGGUACACGUUGUGUCUGAAAAUACAGAUGCCAGAGAAACAUAUAACCCAUCAUUAGAGUUGCAAUACUGGAGAUUUGGUCUGUCAGUGGCUCAACAAUGGCGUAAAAGACUGGGAAUUGCACCAAAUGAGCAAUGGGAAAGGGUCUUGACCAAUCUCGCCACCCCUCACAUUGAAGACGGUCUCUACGUGAUAUGGCCUGGUAUCAAAGACAUGUGGACAAAAUAUACAUGGGAGCAUCCUGCAUUAGUAGGAAUGUAUGGUUGGCUGCCAUCUAAUGAUGCACUUGAUAUCAACACCAUGAAAGCGACUUCGAAGAAAAUUUGGGAGACAUGGCAUUUUGAUGAAUGCUGGGGAUGGGAUUUUGGAAUGCUGGCAAUGAACGCUGCAAGAUUGGGAGAGCCGGAGAAAGCUAUAGAUUUUCUUUUAGAUCCUAAUAUGCCGUUCGACGAUGCUGGCCUAGCUCCAGGUGGUACCCAAGUCCCCUUUCCUUAUCUUCCUGCUACGGGUAGUCUUCUUCUUGCUGUUGCAUUUAUGGCAGCCGGUUGGGACGAUGACAAUGGAAAGCCCUCUCCCGGAUUUCCUACCGGAUGGGAAGUGAGUUGUGAGGGAUUGCAUAAAGCCAUAUAG